AUGGAAUCUCCAAUCCAACAACCAAAAGCUCCUUGUCUGUCUUCUCUACGCACCUCUUCGGCAAUGUCUGCACUUCCACAAUCUGCCACCGAUCCAGGGACACCCCAACCCUUCUCCACAUUCGAUGCCAUCCGAAAUGCAGUCCAAGAACGCCUACGACUUCAAGACCAAGACUGCGCCCUCAUCGCAGAGGCGCUAUGUACUCUAGCAGAAGGAUACGUGGAAGAAGCACAGAGGUCUCAAGAAAAAGAUGAACGUAUCACCUUAGCCACACGGGCAAUCAGCGCUGUUCUUUUGGCUCGUCUCUGCGCUCAGGACGUCGGGGACUUCGGAAGUCUGGCGAGCGACACUUUGGGACUCGCGUCAUCUAUACUUACGGCCUAUGCCUGUCCUGCUGCGGAGGUGAAGCGAGUGCUUAUGGAGUGGUAUGUGAAAGAAGGCGAUGAGAGGGUGACGGAGGAUAUCAUGAAGCUGUUGCCAGCGAACGCGAAGACGGCUGCCGUGGAAGAAGUCGGUAACGAGCCUGAGGUUGCAGGCGAAGCUGUUCAAGACCAUGGUCCCAGGCAUGGUCUGCUCGCCUUAUUGCUUAUUAUAGCAUGUGCGAUGAUGAUGCUGCGAAUGGUAUGA